UGAGGGGGAGGGGACAUGAGGCUGUAUGGGGUACUGUAGUAUAAAAUGCACAUUAUAUUCAGUCAGUGGAGGAUCAGUCAGAGAAGGAAUAGACACAGCCCUCUAUCCAGCUGAACAAAUAGAUAUUUUCUGAGCUCACUCAACAGCAAACGAUUAUUAUUUAAUUAAAAUAUAUAUUUCUGAAGUAAAAUAGGCUUAUUUGAAUACAGCUUUGUCUGGUAUCAUUACACUCAAUGGAUAUUUGGAAAUUCCAGCUGGUAAUAGUUACCCUGUAUUCCCUGGUGUAUACAUGUCAGGGAUUGUCUUUUAGUGUUGACAAGGAACACUGGGUAUCCAAAGACUGGCAGCCACUGGAGAAGAGGUUGGCCAGCCAAGUGGCUAAUCUGAUUAAGAGAUCUAAAGCCCAUCAGUUCUACGGGCUCAUGGGCAAACGCUCAGAUGAUCAGCCGCAGCCUAUUGGAGUGAAUAGAAGACGAAAUAAAGGGGAGAUGUUUGUUGGACUUAUGGGAAGAAGAGCAUCAAGUGGGAAAUCGUUCACAAGAAUCAUUCCAGAUGCUACAAGCACUGCGAUCGAUAUCGCCCAAGGAUCACACACACAACCAGGUAUUUCUUCUACAUUGAUGUUAUGGUUAAAACCUGAGAGCACUUUAACAUUGUAAUGUAGUUUGCACAGUAAAACAUUUGAAACUGUUAAAUAUACAUGUAAAACCUGUAUUUAUGAUGACUAAAUGCAAACCAAACAUUUUAACUGGUAUUCUGUACUAUUUGUACUUCUUCACUUGGCAGAUUCACAAGAGGCAUGGGACCAACUCCUGUAUGACUACAGCUAAUAAAAAAGAUUCAGAUUUGAUUGUUUACAUGAUCUAUACAAUGUUGAUAUCAACGCAUAAAAAAAAGAAACAACAGUAUCUCAUACUUUUAAGAUAAAA